GGUCCGCGGCGCGAAUCGAUAGCCGUCCGACCGGGUGGAUCGUGAAAGAGCGCGGCCUGCAGGGGGAGGUCGGCGGGCGGCGAGCGUCUGCGCUCUUGCUUGCUCACGUGUUCGUCGCCCAUCUCGCUUCCACGCGCUCGACCGUCUACCGCGCGAGCGAGACGGCAGUGGAGCUUCCAGUGCCUGCGUGCCGACGUGUGUGUCGGUUUGUUCGACGUCGCGCAUUGCCACGGCGUGACGUCCAGGCGAACGGCCAUGGCUCGGCGGGUGCGCGUGCGGAAAGACCUGUCCAAGAAGCAGAAAGACGUGGGGCGCCUGGUGGACACGGGACAGGCAGACGACAGACGCCUCAUUCGGCUGGUGCAGGCGCGCCCCGUUCUGUACGCGCGCAACAACAUGCCCGUCGCCAGCUACUACACCAGUGUCAAGCGACAGUGGCAAGAAGUGGCGCAAGAGAUGGACUGGACAGUGGCGGAAGUGCGUCGCAAGUGGUCGCACAUCCGCAACUCGUACUCGCGCCACCUCCGCAACGAGAUGCACGGGGCGUGCACGAGUCGCGGCCGCAUGGUGUCUAAGUGGUACCUCGCCGACGACCUGGAAUUCCUACGUGACCACAUGGCCACCGAUGCGCGAUCCGUGCCCUAUCCCAGCUUCGCGCCCACGCUGCUCGACCUCGACUCCGCUGAUGACGCGCACGACGUGAAGCCGCUGUUGUCUCCCGCGUGGUUCAUGACUCCGCCGCUCGCGCCCCGCGCUUCCAGCGACGACGGAUGCGGCUCGGCCUUCGGUUCCGAGGAGAGCUCCUCGUACUUCCAGUUCUUCCGAGGCUUGCACGCCGACUAUCAGAUGCUGUGUGGUUCCCGCCAGCGCGCCUUCCAGCGGCGCUGUCUGGCCGUGUUGCACGAGCUGCUCGACGAACGCGACAGUGGGCGGCCGCCGCCCGUCAGCGACGACGAAACCGAUGCCAAGGCGCCCGAGGUCGAGCCGACGGAUUCCAGAUCUACAACCUACGACGACGCCAGGUGAAGGUCUCACUCCAUAUUCACCGAGUCACAGCCAUCUUUCUCAUUCCAGUAUAAAUAAUAGGCGAAUAUUGCACAUGUACAAAAGAACUUUAAUGAAAUAAUAUGUAAUCUUUCUUUAGCUUAUUUAAAGCUGUAAACAAACAAAAAUGAAUUUGUUAGUAUAUAUAGAAGAUCUGUAUGUUACAUCGUAAAUACCGGGAAAGUUUAAAUGAAUAGAGGUGGCAGGCCUGUUUCUUUUAUUUCUAUUUUCAGCAUAGAUUAACAAAAGAACAUCUCACGAGUAUAUAUGCGAUAAACGUGGGUACCAUUUGUUAAUAGAUAUACUUUUAUGAUGCUAAAAGUUCUUGUUGUUAAGGCAUAAUUUUAGAAUUGUAUUAUGAUAAAUGGUUGUUAAUAAUAUCUCUGUUAGUACUUACUACACAUGGCUCGGCCUUUUGUUAGGACUUUGAACAAUGUUCAUACAUAAUGUAACGCUCAAAUGAAAUAAAAAUGUGGUCUAAUAUA